ACACCUCUGCAGUACAGCAGGCUUCAUUGACAGUCGCUCUAGUCGCCGUGGACAACGUUACGAUGGGAAGAAUCGUUCCCUACGUGCCAGAAUCACUUGCAGGUUGCCGAAACUCGUACGAGCUUGUCUGCGUCAUGUACCACGCCCUCGAAGGUAAGUAUGCUUUAGGCCCUGCUCGUCAUGCUCAGCCCCCUCGCAUCCUGACGUUGUGUAUGUGGCAGCACAUAAGGCGUAUUACGAAGCUGGCGUUCUGCACGGACAUAUCAGCGAUCGAGUCAUCAUGCGCAUUCCGCACGAGACGCGGAACGAUAUCACACGAGGCAUCCUCCUCGAUCUUGACAACUCUUACAACUGGAAGCGGCACGCAUCGAAGCCUGUGUUGAGUUCGAGUGCCUCUCCUAAGUCUAAGGAGGAGUUAAAGGCGAAUGUUGAGGAUAGCAAGGGAGAGGCAGGACAGUACGAGAGAAACGUAAGCGCAAGUGACGCCAUGCUCGGCCGCGGAAUGAAGAAGUGGCUAGCAGGCCAGUGAGCGGGUAGAUACCUACACAUGCUUGGGGGAUUGGAGAAGAGCUUCUGAGAUCUCAGUGCUGUUUAAAUCCGUGCCUGUUUGCUCAGUUCAAGGACGCAUGCCACAACUCGCCCGAUGGGUCGCGCCAGUAUACGUAUCGCACCGCUCAAGCGUCGGAAGUGUAGUUAGCAUCGUCCAUGGUCACCAAGCUUCCUUUCCCAUACAGCACGAAGUCGCGCUCACUUGUACAGACCUUGCGUGACAUGCUCACCGCGCUGUGCGCAUAUACGACACACUCUGCUUAUAC